GCUGAUCGCCAUCCCUCUCCUCGCAGCCCGCCCAUGCCCGACUUCGACUUGCCAGUGGGCACGUGCCCAGACCUAUGUCCGGCGGCUGAGCGUGCCCAGCGCGAAAGGGAGCGCCGCCUGCACCGCUUCGAGGUGGCGCCCGGGUGCCGCGGGGACCAGCCCCGAGCCGACCCGCAACGCGCGGUGAAGGAGUACAGCCGGCCGGCCGCCGGCAAGCCCCGGCCCCCGCCGAGCCAGCUGCGACCCCCGCGCGUUCUGCUGACUGUCGUGCGCUACCUGGCUGGCGAGGUGGCCGAGCGCGCCGACGCGUCCCGCGCCGAAGUGGCUAGUUUCGUGGCAGAUCGGCUGCGCGCAGUGCGGCUAGACCUAGCCUGGCAGAGUGCGGACGACGCCGAGGUGGCCGCGGUGCUGGAGGCGGCGCUGGCCACACUGCUAGCCGUGGUGGCGCGGCUCGGGCCCGACUCCAUGCACGGGCCCGCGGACCGGGGACUGCUGCAAACCCAAGUGCAGGAGAGCUUCGGCUCACUGCGGCGUUGCUACGCUCGGGGAACAGUGCCGCACCCGCGUCAGGCCGCCUUCCAGGGCCUCUUUCUGCUCUUUAACCUGGGCUCCCUGGAGGCCCUGCACGAGGUUCUGCAACUGCCCGCCACUUUGCGCGCCUGUCCGCCCCUUCGCACAGCCCUGGCCAUCGAUGCUGCCUUUCGGGAGGGCAACACUGCCCGUCUGUUUCGUCUGCUCCGGACCCUGACCUACUUGCCGAGCUGUGCUGUGCAUGGUCACAUGGCCCAAGCCCGACGCAGAGCCCUGACCCGCCUCGCUCGUGCCCUUAGCACCCCCAAGGGCCAGACCCUGCCCCUGGGCUUCAUGGUCCACCUGUUGGCCCUGGAUGGAGCCGACGAGGCCCGGGACCUGUGCCAGGCACAUGGGCUGCCCUUAGACGGGGAGGAGGGAGUUGUGUUCCUGAGGGGUCGGUACAAGGAAGAAGGGCAGCCACAUGCAGGGUCCUGCCACCUGCUGGUGGACAGCAAACUUCGAGGUCGCACCCUAGAAGACGUGAUCAUGGCAGAAGAGGAAGAUAAGGUUACAGACAGACCCACGUCCCCAGUGCCAUGA